AUGAUACCAACGUCCAUAUCCUUCUUCUUGUGGCUAUUCAUCGGCUUGGCUGUGCGCUCCGUAUCGGCAGCGUCAGUCAUCUCCACCGUCACCACAUCGACCACCACUAAAUCCACUGCUAUUUACCCGAGCUUGGUCGAGUGCGUAUGCAACACAACACUGGCAUCUGCAGCAGUGGUCAAGACGUCGACCGGAUCCAGUCAGACACAAAAGUACGUUCUGCCGGGCUGCUUAGAAGACGUGUUCGCUGAGACUGGGAUCCGCUGGUACCUGAAUGGUCCAUUGGUGUCUGGAGUCACGUAUUGGCAAGAUGGUACAGCUAAAGACUAUUCCACAGGUCGAGCUGCACAGCGGCUCAUCCGACUCGGCUACCGCUGCUCUCGUGUCCAGCUAUAUGACUCCUCUGACCCAUACUAUUGA